CCUAUCGAGAUUAAUCGACUAUCCGCUCCGCCGCUAUCAAUCUGGAUUACGGGCGACGACCCGUGGAACGUCCUGUAGCGAAUUUGCUUUGGUCCCGGAGUGGCCCGCGUCGACCCGGAUGACCGUCACCGACCGUCACCGACGGAGAAGCGGCAGAGAAAUGCUGUAAAUACGGGCAGGCCGGCGAGCAUUUACAACCAGAACCGAAGACCGGAGUGACUCAGUCGUCUCGUGGCUCUCGAUCGAUCCACACGUCCACGUCGAAGCCGCGAUCAUUCCCGCUCUAGGGCUCGCCCGAUAGAUCCUCGCGUCGUAGAUCCUUGCUGCAACCUCCGGCUACCCGGCAAGAAGAAUAACCUUGACCUCCCGGCGACCUCUUUUUCUGGCUCGCGGGUGCUCCGAGUGAAUUUUGACAGACGAAUCCUCGUGCUCGAAGAGAGAUACCAUCUCGAGAGGAGGACCAUCGAGCACCGCGACACACUGCAAAAGACACGAUGUUCAAGUUGAUGUUCCUCGGCCUUCUGGCCUGCGCUUCCGGUCAGCUGAUCUACCCGGACGAGUUCGAGAUGCUGAAGUCCUCGAUACAGCCCCUACAGGUGGCCAAUAUUCCUCAAUCGAGGCCUCCUGUGAAUGCUGUUCCUAACAACAAUGCCGUGUACUAUUCAACGCCGUUGCCGAUUCCUACGUCUUUCCCGAGCGGGAGACCUACAUUCACAACUCCGCAACAAUUUCCACCAGGUGCAUCAAGAGCUCCACAGCAAUUUCCAGUAGGUACAACAAGACCUCCGCAGCGAUUUCCAGUAGCUGCAUCAAGACCUGCGCAGGCAGCUGCACCAGAGAAUCCUCUCCAAGACUGGGAUGAGCACGUGAACAAUAUCAUCGUGAGGGGUCUGAUAAAGUUCAGCUUGGACAUCGAACGUGAAAUCCACAGGACGAGGGGCACCUCGAUGUUCGACCAACAGGACAACAUAGUCUUCUCGCCGAUCAGUUUGUCGGUGGCCCUGGCGCUCGUCCUCGCCGGUUCCGCCGGAAGAACCUUCAACGAGGUCUCCAGAGUCCUCGGCCUCGAGUCCGGCGUUGAUAUCUCGAGGAACUCGGAGAUCGUUCAUCAGAUGUUCGGCAUACUGCUCGAUCAACUUCACAAUAAUCUGGCGAACUCCGCCGGGCCCCGCUUGGACUUCGCCACGGCCGCGUUCGUGCAGAACGACUAUCCGAUCCUCCAAGAGUUCAAAUCGAUCAGCCAAGACGUCUACGGGAACGAGGUGAUCGACGUGGACUUCGCCAGGAAAGGGAGAUCGGUGCAGCAAAUGAUAAACGCGUGGGUGAAGCAGAAGACGAUGGGCAAGAUCGACAGCAUCCUGAACGACGUGCCGUCUCCGGACACCACGCUGAUUCUUCUGUCAGCGCUUUACUUCAACGGGGAGUGGAAUCAGCACUUCUUGCAAGGGGCUACUAAGAGGAGGCAGUUCUUCAUCGAACCAGACCGGGCGAUCAACGUAGACAUGAUGUACAAUGGCGGCCAGUUCCCCUUCUACGAAGACAAGCAGCUCGGUGUAAAAAUCAUCGGUCUGCCUUACAAAGGCCAAGAGACCUCGAUGUACGUGCUGCUGCCAAACGCGAGGGGCGCGAAAGCGCUGCGAGAUUUCCUGAGCAAGUUGAAGGUGGAGAACAUCGAGAGCCUGAUAGACAACAUGAAGAACGAAACCUGCAUCGUGGGGCUGCCGAAGAUGAAGCUGUCGAGCAGCCUGAGCCUGAAGUCGACGUUGGCGAAUCUGGGUCUGACGUCUCUGUUCGACCCGGCAACGGCUGAUCUGAGCUUGAUAUCGCAGGGCGCCAUUUCACCAAGGACUGCCUCGGAUCCCAGACGAACCACUCAGAUGCCGUCGCGGCAGACCAACGGCGUGACGAUCGGCCCGCGGGUCGGCGUCGACAACAUGGUGAGGAGGAACUUCUUCGAGUACGAAGACAAGAACCGGGGGUACACGGUGGAGCAGUGGUCGACCGGCUUCUCCAUCAGGAAGUCCAGAAAGCCUCGCGAGUCCGAGACGACGCGCCGGUCCAAGGUCGCCGGUGGGUCUGAUCUGAAAGAGGACAAGGACGUCUACAGAGUGGAAGGCUCGGAUCCGGCGGGCGACGCGAAGGUCGUGAGUCUCGAGGCGAACAGGUACCGGUUCCUGACGGCGCAGAGGGCCAGGAGACAGAGCAGGCCCAUCAACGAGGACUUCCUCGACUUCAUCAAGCAGCGGAACUUCCCGUCGUACGGGCUCGACGACCUGAGGAACUCCGCGAACCUCGUGAACCCGCAUAUCUUCGCGUCGGACGUGCUCCAUAAGGUCGAGAUAGACAUCACGGAGACCGGCACCGAGGCUGCAGCCGUGACCGGCGUGAUCCUGGAGCGUGACGGCAGCCAGAAGAGGCUGCUGGCCAACCGGCCGUUCCUCUUCAUCAUCAGGAACGAUCGCACCGGGCUCAUCCUCUUCUGGGGCACCGUGAACUCGCCCACGCCGAACUACUCCGUCACGUAAUCCGCGAGAGACUCCGUGCUUAUGAUUAAGGUACUCGCCUACAGAGGAAUCUGGCCGCGCAAGAGGUCACGAUCCGUGAUUUUUGCGGGACUCUCCGGGUCCGUACGUGCCGAUUUGCGAUCUGAUACGAGCGUUUGCCGACGAGAGGCGGACGAAGGACCGCGGAGUCGAUGGCGAACGUCGAUAAGUAAAUAUGCGAGACGGUACAGAGAAUUUUUGCGGACGUCGAACACAGCGAAGCCUCGAUUAUACUGAUCUGUAGAACGGAACGCGUGUUCUCGGAUGACGCAGCAAUUACUUAAGCUAAUUAACGGAUUAAAUAUUCGCUCGUUUUUAUAAUAGACAGCGUUGAUUCGCCUUUGUUCGCAUCGCAUCGAGACGGUAAAGAAUUCGCAGGUUCGUGUAAGCGAGACUCCGCUGUAAAUUACCACGAUUAUGAUUCUAUAUAAUAUAAAAUAAUUAUAUUAUUAUUAUUAUUACUAUGAGUCGAUCCGGAAACCUCGCGGCCGAUGCAGGACAUCCGCGCGAAGUCUGCUGGCAACAUGUCAUCGCUUACGUUUUCCGCUUGCGUAAGAACUGCGGCGCGAGCGUGUACACGAACCGUUGACUGAGAAGAAUAUUUGCGGCGUUUUAGCAUCCGCGGUGUCGCGAACCGACGUGGAGCAGUUUGAAAAACUGACUUCGACGAGGAAGCAUUCGCUCGGCCGUUCUCGAUCGCAAACGAGUUUUCGCAUCAGAUCGCAGAUCGGUGUCCUCCUCGGACGCCGCGAAACAGUAUUAAACAUCGAACAUUGGUACUUAUAAAUAGCCCGGUCGUGACCUCUACUCCUUACUUUCUAAUUAAUCGAUAUUAUAUGCCAUUGCUUAGCGUCGUGUAGCUUCCAGCAUGUUCGCGAGGACGUUCGUUUUCACGGACGCCCGCAGCAUGCGGGCGAUUAUCGUUAGGAAACAGAGUCAAUGUCUCUCUAAUUGA